UCAUCACAUUUGGACUGGGCUUGAAUGGGUCGUUUGCCCAUCUUUGGCUCCUGCAACAAUCUUGUGUAUUCAUGCCCCGUCCAGUCAAAGUCAAAGCAAGCAGCGGACAGCCUCUCGGUGGAGGUCUCCUUUGACAAAAGGUUAUGCAUUGUGAUAGCCUAUUCGUCCGGACAUGUCCAUCGCCUGGCUCUUAUUCUCACAAAACAUUGAGCAUCCUGAUGGCUACCUUUUGUUGGACGUUGUGUGAGUCAAUCGUUAAAUCUUCCCACUACUGUAGCAAUUGUUGUCUUACCACACCCGUUCACUCUUGUCAUCUGCUGUGUUCUUAUCUAACCAUGGGAUCCCGAUUUCUUGUUCCGCUUUUCAUCUAUCUCGGGUGCUGCUUUGGUCGCACACUCUUAUGCACCAUCCAGGACAGUUCAUAGCAGCUCACAAUCCAUGUCUAGCAGAAAACUAACUACCGAGAUCUCCAAGCAAGAUUGA